UUAAGACUCGAACCCGGGAAAUGACUUGAGAAAAACAGCAGCGCAGAGAAAACCAACCAACCCACAGUAAUUGGGCCGACGGCGGAUAAUUAUUGACUGAGAAGAGACCACUCUGGGCGCGAUUCGAUCAUUAUUCUUUCGGAGAGACAAGGACAAAUGGCGGCGACGGGGCAAGUCGCCGGAGGCCUGACGCCGUACGAUCGGCGAGUUUUGACUGCUGUCAAUGCCGGAGCGGCCAGCCUCUCUUUCGUCGGCUCCGGCUUCAUCGUCCUCUGCUACGUCCUCUUCAAAGAGCUCCGCAAGUUCUCCUUCAAGCUCGUCUUCUUCCUCGCUCUCUCUGACAUGAUGUGUAGCUUCUUCAGUAUGGUUGGGGAUCCGUCCAAAGGAUUCUUCUGUUACUCGCAUGGCUACAGCACUCAUUUCUUCUGUGUUGCGUCUUUCCUGUGGACUACUACGAUCGCUUUUACUCUUCACCGUACUGUUGUUAAGCACAAAACUGAUGUCGAAGAUUUGGAGGGAAUGUUUCAUUUGUAUGUUUGGGGGACUUCACUAGUUGUGACAGUCGUGCGAUCUAUUGGCAAUAACCAUAACCAUCUAGGUACAUGGUGUCGGUCGCAGUCUGGGUUUACAGGAAAGGCACUUCACUUUAUAACCUUUUAUAUGCCACUCUGGGGUGCAAUUCUUUACAAUGGUUUCACGUACUUUCAAGUCAUACGCAUGCUGAACAAUGCAAGGCGUAUGGCAGGUAGCAUAUCCGACCGCCCUUACCAAUCAGAUGCCAGAGCAGAAACAAAGGCUUUGAACAAGUGGGGGUACUAUCCGCUCAUCCUGAUAGGAUCAUGGGCUUUUGGCACCAUCAACCGCAUUCAUGACUUUAUUGAACCAGAUCAUAAAAUAUUUUGGCUCUCAGUUCUUGAUGUUGGGACAGCUGCACUUAUGGGCCUGUUCAAUUCAAUAGCCUACGGCUUGAAUUCCUCGGUCCGCAGGGCAAUACAAGAAAGAUUGGAUCUGUUCUGGCCAGACAGGCUUCGGAGAUGGUUCCCCAGCGGUUCAAGGCUUAUUAGAGUUCAAAAUGAAGAGAGUGAGUUAGUAUCACUAAAGAUUCAAGAUCAGCACUAGCAUCCUUUUUGCUGCUCGUAUGUCAAUCCUUUCAUCCUUUUCUCACUAAGUUUGGCUGGUGAUGGAGUCGACAAACAAAAGAGGAACGAAUUCACUGAUGUACAUCAAUCCAAAUUCCAUUGCUCACAUUUCUCUACGCCAAGUGCCAACGUAAUUAACAAAUCCGUGCUCUAUUUUUUUUUCUUUAAUGAGUUUGAUCUGAAGCGUUGUCUUAGAAGUAGUCCAUAUCGAUGAGUAAUGAGUUGUGUCGUUUCAAGUAGAAUAUUGUAAGGUAGAAAUUUGUGCUUUAUGCAUUAGAUGGUGAUCCCAGUAACAUUAGGAAACUGUACAAUUUAAUUGUAGAGAGAAACAAGAGAGGCCCCUCUUUAAUCAGAAAACCCUAUUUUGUCCCAGCCUUUU